AUGCCGCAUCUGCAGAUCCGCCGGUCGUUUCAUGUCCCAGGUGCCGCUCGUGUUCUUGCUUCAUUGACAAAACGGUCGAGCGCUUCGACUCAAAAGUAUGGUACGACAGAGUGGGAUGGGAGUCAGACGCUCAACCAUGAUUCCCGUCCCUGUGUGCCCCCUGAGAAAGUCAAAUCCGAGGCCGGACGGGAAGCAUCUCCCACGGUGCAGCAGUUCACUGGACAAACAGGGGAUUUGGUAAACUUUUGCGACAGACCAACCUCGAAGAACUCUGACCAGCAGUUGUCCCGCUCGGUCACAGGGAUGGCAGAAAAGCGUGGGAGUGGCACAGUUGCGAACGCCAGCGUGUUGAUAUCACCAGCUUCUGACUCACAAGAUUCGCUAAGAGAUUCGAAUGAGGUCGUGCGUCACGAGUUAUCGUCUGCUCCGGUAAAGGGAAAGGCAGCUGGAGCCGUAGUUGAUACCGAUAUACUAGCUUUGACGGCAGGUAGGACCCCGGGAAAGGUCUCAUUCGGAAGCGAAGAUGCCCGCGACAGAAUUAGAUCGUCUCCAGGCCGAUCGGCGCUCUCACUAAAUGAAAACCGCAGUCCGGAUGGCGUGCCCAGCAGAAGGCAUCAAAAGCAAGGAUCACAUCAUGAGUGUCGUCGUGCUGCAGCAGCUGGAAAGCUCACUAGCAAGAAGGAGCGUCCUUAUCAGGAGAAAGCUCGUCUCUUGUUGAACGGAGAAGUAUCUGCGGCACUGUUUGUGGAGUUGGGGAUCGCAACGUCGUGUAGAAAGGGUCUGAAGAAGGGUUUCUUCAAUCAGGAUGACUUUUUUGCAUAUCAGUGCGACGAAUGGGGUCUGUAUGGUGUGUUUGACGGGCAUGGCCCUGGAGGUCAUUUGGUGGCAAAUUUUGUGCAGUGGCACCUACCGAAUAUCAUCCACGAAUACAUGGUUACGAGUGAUCCGAAGGUAGCGCUACACCGCGCUUUUGUUCAAGUGAAUUCCAUGUUAAAGGACGCUUCUGAGGCUCAGAAAUUCGACAGUGCAUCUAGCGGGUCAACUGCUUCUGUCGUUUUGCAUCGGCGACAAGAACGCAAACUAUUCUUCGCCCAUGUGGGAGAUUCCAGGGUUGUUCUAGCCCGGCGGAACCAGCAAGGAAGACUUGUUGCAGACUGUGUGACGAAAGACCACAAACCAGAUGAUCCUGUGGAACGAGCGCGAAUAGAGAGGAACGGGGGAGAAGUGCGACGCCCCACCGGCCAUAUUCCUCAUCGUGUGUUUCUGAAAGGCAAGAACUACCCGGGGCUUGCCAUGUCACGAUCCAUCGGCGAUUCAAUGGGCCACUGCGCCGGAGUGACUCCAGAACCAGAUGUGUCCGACAUUGAUCUGCUAGAGGAUCGGGAUGAAGUCGUGAUCAUGUGCACGGAUGGUGUAUGGGAAUUCAUGACUCCGGAUGAAGUGGUUGAGAUCGUCAGCCGCUAUAGCAUAUAUCAGGCUGACGAAGCUGCUGAAGAGCUCAGCCGAGAAGCUUGGAAGCGCUGGUUAGAGCAGGACGGUCAUUCUGUUGACGACAUUACCGUUCAGAUAAUUCAUCUCUUCCCUCCUACCGAAGAAAGGCAUCCGCGGUGGAGCUGA